UAUAAUUAUUGUAUGGUUGUUGUAAGCAUAUCAUUAUAUCACUAUGGGUGUGUGUGUUUUGUGUGUAGCCACCGAUGUCUGAGUUCGUGUCGUCGACGGAGUUGUUGCUGCAGACCUACCUGGGCGAAGCGUGGUGGUACACGGUGUCGGGCGUCGUCGCUGGACUGAUGUGUGCGUCGUGGUUCUUUCUCGGGCCAGGUCCGGAGCCGUUCAGGUGCCCGGUGGAUAUUCACAAACAAAGCAUCGAUACUGGGGAUGGAGUUCGGGUUUCUCCUCUGAUGCUGGACCUGAAGGACGGGAAACCAAUCGAGUACCUGUACGAAGAUGCUAAAACACUGCACGAGGUUUUCAUGCGAGGAUUAAGGAUAGCAAGAAAUGGGAAGUGUCUGGGCACAAAGAUUGGAAACGGAUAUCAGUGGCUCACCUACCAACAGGUACAUCAAGUGGACUUUUUUUUCAAUUACUUAUAA